ACAUGAUGGCAAGGAAAGUAUUGUGUAUCUCCACAUCACACCAACAGUCGCAAAAUGGCUUCAAAGACUAUCAUCAUCACCAUUCUGGUCACUCUGGCAAUUUCCGGCUGUCUCGGAGGCGUCAUUACCGCAGUCCCUGCAGCCUACUCCGUUCCCUACGCUUCUUCAUACACAGCCAGCGUAGUCAAUCAUGCUGUCGCAUCUCCUCUAGCAGCUCCCCUUAUAGCCCCAGCCCCUUACGCUGUAGCUGCCCCGGCUCCUUAUGCUGUAGCUGCCCCAGCGCCAGUAAUAGCUGCCAGAGCUGUAGCUUCUCCACUCGCAUACAGCACUUUCGUAGGGAAGUAAAACUGAUUAAUCCACGCGAUCUUGUAAUGUUCUGGAACUGCUGGGGUUUCCCAGUCUUAUGUUGAGCCAAUAAUGUGAUAGAUUAGAUUUAUUUUAGCAAUAAAGUAUAGUAGUUGCA